CUUAAAACAAGAACAAAUAUCUCGAGUCAGAAAAAUAAACUGAAUUCAAAGAGAAAACAAGAUUAUUUUUCUGACUCCCCUGACAGAUUUCUAAGCAUUUUUCAUCAAAUAAGACUUAAUAUCUUCAGUCAUUUCUCUUCUCCAGUAAAUGAAUCCUGAUUUAAGAGUGUUUAGAUGUUUGUGCUGGAAAAUAAGACAGAAAAAAUGGAAAAAAUGUGUCAUAUUCUGCACAUUCAUGCUCUCUUUGUGAAAGAUCUCUUGUGUCCCUCUGUGUGAAAUUGAUUCGUUCCUCUCGGAGUCACUCGACAUAAAGCGGCGCUCCGCUGAGCUGCUCCAUCAUCCCACCUCCAGCUCCUCGUCAGUGUCCCACAAUGGAAGACGUGAUCUCUGGAGAGUCCUGCGGGGAUCUGGGAAGAGCGCUGUGCAUCAUCACGGGAGCCUCCAAAGGCUACGGCCGGACGCUGGCGUUCCAGCUGAGCUGCCUGCUGAAGCCCGGAUCCGUCCUGCUGCUGGUGGCCCGGACCGCGGAUCAGCUGAACGAGGUGAAGGAAGACAUCGUGACCCUGUAUGGUGGACAGAACAAACUGGACGUGCGCUGCGUGCAGGCGGAUCUGGAGAAGACGGAGGGCGUGGAGAAAACGCUUCAGGCGGCUAAAGAGACGUCCUCGUCUGAAAUGGAGCACCUGCUUCUGAUCAACAACGCAGCCUCUCUGGGCGACGUGUCUCGCUUCGCUCAGACGUUCACGGACCCCGCGGAGGUCAACCGGUACCUGUCGCUCAACGUGAGCGCCGCUCUCAGUCUGACGGCUGGCGUUCUGCAGGCGUUUCCUCGUCGUCUCGGCCUGCGGCGCACGGUGGUCAACAUCAGCUCUCUGUGCGCGCUGAAGCCCUUCCCGUCCUGGGUCCUGUACUGCACCGGGAAAGCCGCCCGGGACAUGAUGUUCCGAGUGUUGGCCGAGGAGGAGCCGGACGUCCGAGUGCUGAGUUACGCUCCGGGUCCUCUGGACACAGACAUGCAGCUUCAGGCGCGGCGUUUCUCUGGAGACCUGACGCUGCGGCGCUCCUUCUGCUCCAUGUGCUCCGAGGGUCAGCUGCUCUCCUGCCGCGAGUCCGGAGCCAAACUCAUGAAGCUCCUGCUGGACGACGACUUCCCGUCCGGCGCUCAUCUGGACUUCUACGAGCUUUAGCAGAGAUUCAGAACCUCAGCUUGUGUACAUACAGACUUCACUGCAAAACAUGAUGAUCUUCAUCUGCACAAACAUCUCAACAUUCACAAUCAAGAUUCAUUUACUGGAGAAGAGAAACGACUGGAGAUAUUAAGACUGGAAAAUGAGUUUGUGAUUAAAACAAGAACAAAUAUCUGCCAAAUGAGUCAGAAAAAUAAUCAUGUUUUCUCUUUGAAUUAAGACGAUUUUUCUGACUCCAUUGUGAGAUAUUUGUUCUUGUUUUAAGCACAAACUCACUUCAUUUUGAUCAUUUUUCAGUAUUUAAGAAUGUUUAAAUAUUUGUACUAAAAAAGACAAUAAUGAAAAUAAUGUUACAUCAUGUUGUUGAUAGAUUUGUAUUCUUUUUUAUUCAUUUUAAGUCUACAUUAAAUAUCUGUAAAUCUGUUUAGAAAUAUGCACAUGUUUUUAUAGCAAUGUUCCUGUGUGGAGUUUAAAGCAGCUGAGGACCUCUAGCGGUGUUCGACGGAACAUCAGUGGAAAACACGUGAUUUAAAACAAAGAUCUUCAGAGAAUAUUUAGAUUUAGUUUUAUGCACAUGUUUGGACACCCCUCUGAGGCUGCAUAAUAAUUAAUAAAUUAAGAAAAGAUCAUAAUGAUAUGUUUCUGGAGAAAAUUCGCUGGAUAAUGUGAUGUUUUUCAGACUAAACUUGGCAGAAUUGAGUUUAUGAAGUAAAUCAAAUGUGAAAAACACAAGUCCAGCUGUGGAGAUU